AUGAUCGAAAUACGCAAUUAUAACUGCGAGGAAGACAUCAGAUACACCGUUCAGGUUCACAGACUGAUCCUGAGACUUAUCGGGGUAUGGCCGGUCCUGGAGAAAUCUUGGCACGGGAAGAGGCUGCUGAAGAGGCUCCUCAACUGCGUAUGCUGCUUCCUACUGUCUUUCAAUCUAAUACCGUGGGCGCUGCAUAUGUUUGUCAUCAUAGACACUUUCAAAGCUAGGCUGAGAAUGCUGGGCGCGCUUUGCUUCUACACCAUGGUAUACGUUAUAUACUGCAUGCUUAUCCACCAGGAAGAUCGUAUCAGGGAUUGUGUAAGACACGUUGAGGAGGAUUGGCGAAACGUUAAGGACGUGAACGAUCGCAAGAUCAUGUUGGACAAGGCUAAAUUGGGACGUUUUAUACUUAUCACUGCCACGUUAUUCUUGUUCACCAGCGGCUUCACUCACCGGCUCAUUAAGCCGAUAAUCAGAGGCAGCAUCGUCGUCAACGAGAACCUCACGAUCAGACCGCUGGUGCAGGGAAAUUAUUACAUUUUCUUCGAUCCACAGCAGAGCCCUGCCUACGAGAUCGUGUUCUCCGUCCAAUGUCUGUCCGGUAUCGUCAUAUACAUCGUUACUGCCAGUGUCUGCGGGGUUACCGCGUUGUUCACCAUGCACGCCUGCGGACAACUGGAAAUGCUGAUCAGUUGGCUGGAGAAUUUGGCAAGCGACGAUCAAUUGUGGAAGGAUCACGUCGCUGCUCGGAGAUUAGCGACAAUCAUUCUACAUCACGUGAGGAUACGUAAGUGA